CCCGAUUCUGCCCUCCCUAGGCUCAGCGCUGGCGCAGUGAGAACUUUGAGAGGCCCGUGGACCUCGAGGGCUCGGGGGACGACGACUCCUUCCCCGAUGAUGAGCUGGACGACCUCUACUCUGGGUCUGGCUCGGGCUACUUUGAGCAGGAAUCGGGCAUUGAGACAGCCAUGCGGUUCAGCCCAGAUGUGGCCCUGGCAGUGUCCACCACACCCGCAGUGCUGCCCACCAUGGACAUCCAGCCUGUGGGCACCCCGUUUGAAGAGCUGCCCUCUGAGCACCCCACCCCGGAGCCAGCCACCAGCUCCCCAUUGGUGACAGAUGUCCCAGAAGAGCCCAGCCAGAGAGCCACCACCAUCUCCACUCCUGCAGCUACUACUGCUGCCACAACCACAGGGGCCCCAGCCGCAGCCACAGUGCCCUCCACAGUGGCCACCGCCAUCCCCAGCAUCCCUGCGGCGCCUCCUUCUGCGGCCACCACCUCUGUCGUAAGGACCACCGGCGUACGGAGGCUUUUGCCUCUUCCACUGACCACGGCAGCCACCGUCCGGGCCACCACCCCAGCAGUGCCCUCACCUCCCACCACAGUGGCUGUCUUGGACACAGAGGCCCCAGCACCCAGGCUGGUCAGCACGGUUACCUCCAGGCCAAGAGCCCUUCCCAGGCCAGCUACCACCCAGGAGCCUGACGUUUCUGAGAAGAGCACCCUGCCCCUGGGGACCACCGCCCCUGGACCCACGGAGGUGACUCAGACCCCAACUCCAGAGUCCUCUCUGACCACGACCCGGGAUGAGCCAGAGGUGCCGGUGAGCGGGGGGCCCAGCGGGGACUUUGAGCUGCCGGAGGAAGAGACCACACAGCCAGACACAGCCAAUGAGGUGGUGGCCGUGGGUGGGGCUGCGGCCAAACCAUCGCCUCCACCCGGGACGCUGCCCAAGGGUGCCCGGCCAGGCCCCGGCCUCCUGGACAAUGCCAUCGACUCGGGCAGCUCGGCGGCUCAGCUGCCCCAGAAGAGCAUCCUGGAGCGGAAGGAGGUGCUCGUAGCUGUGAUUGUGGGCGGGGUGGUGGGCGCCCUCUUCGCUGCCUUCCUGGUCACACUGCUCAUCUACCGCAUGAAGAAGAAGGACGAGGGCAGCUACACGCUGGAGGAGCCCAAGCAGGCAAGCGUCACGUAUCAGAAGCCCGACAAGCAGGAGGAGUUCUACGCCUAGCGGAGCCACAGUGCCUCCCUGUAGCCUCAGUGCCACCCCUUAGCCCAGUCCCCGGCCUGGUGCCACCAGCCCCAACCUGGGACUGGGCCUGGGAGGCAGCCUGGCCCCAGUUCAUCUCUGCCACCCUCCCAAGGUCUGCCCAGACUGCCAGCCUCACACAGCUCUUCCCCAAGUGAUGGUGGGGGGGCACUGCCAUCUGCCCUAGACUGUGCCCUUAUGAGCUCAUCGUUUGUAACCCACCAGCCUGGGGCUUCAGGACCUCAUGUCAGAUGGACAGGAGAAGGGAAGCUCCUGAUUGGCUGGUGGAAGAAGGGGUGGGGCCUGAGUCCCAACCUGGCCCCACAGGGCCUGCUGGCUGAGGGCAGAGAGGCACUCAGGCUGAUUUCCAGAUCAAGCAUUUGGCAAGCUCAGCCCUUGAAACAUUGAGACGUUGGGCCCCUCUCUGCCUGGGUGAGCGGGUAGCCCUCACGGCCAGCCUGUUUUGUCCUGGCCUCUGUGGGGUUGUGUGGUUAUUUUCUCUCACCCCUGCCUGAUGCACAUGCACCCGCAGGCUUCACCCCCUUCCCAGUCUGCCCCUGCGGAAUUGGCUUCCCGAGAGUGGCCUGGCAGCCACUGGUGAGGAGGGGCUGGGCUGCUUGGACCUCCUCCUUCAGAGUGGACUCUGCACAGACACCGUCUCCCACAUGAUCACCGGUAUUGUCCCACACUGACAAAAGCAUGUGAUGACAAAGUCACAUGCAGAACUGACCACCCGGCCAAUCCAGACAUGUCACAGACACACGUUCUUCCAAAGAUGUUUAUUCUCAUGGGUUUCCCACAUGUUCCCCAAAUGCUUAUGACAAUGCAAGUCACUAGUCAUCGUCACCCAGUGGUGACGGUGUGGCCUGCCUCCCUCUUGCCACCACACCCCCCACCCCCACCCACACACACUCCGACACCACACACUGGCAGGAGACUCCCUGCCUCCCCCUCCAGCUUUCAAGCUCACUGGGGAGGGUGCAGUUAGGCCAGAACAAUCAGCCCAUAUUGGGUCCCCUGGGUUGCCCUGUCACACUCAGCCCUCACGACACCCACACCAACCACAUUGCCACUGAGCCCGGCGUGUCAGAUGCAGUCCCACGUGGAUGCAUGGCCUCACCCACACAGCCUCAGUCUCACAGUGGAAGAGGGCAGGCAGAUUAAGUGAGGUGUGGGAGACGUUGCCACAGGCCCCUCAGGCAUUGCAUACCGCAGGGCCUGGGCUCACCCUGUUUCCCGCCCCUCUGUAGCCUGCAAAGGGCUUGGUGUGGGGCCAGCCCCCACUUGCUGAGGAAAGCAGGCUGGUUCCUGGAAUUUAGCCUUGGGCUGGGGAAGGGGCUUGGGUCUCCUAGGACCAAAGGCCCCAGGUGGGGAGGGGGCAUGUGUUCAGGCUCCUGGUAUCCCUGCCUCCCCCUCCUGCACUGAGCUCGGGGGCUGACUCUGCCUCCCAGGACACAAGUCUCCAAAGUGCCUGUGAGGGUGGGCCCUGCCCCUGGGCCCUCUGCACCCUCUCCCUUCGGCCUCGCGGGGCCCACCUCAGCCUCACCCCUGGCCCUCUCGUGGACACCCAUUCAUGUGGCCAAGCAACCUGGCGGUUCUUCUGGCUGCAGCUGGAAGCAGCCUGUCCAGACACACGGCCCCAGGCCGAGGGCUGAGAGCAGGCAGGGGGGUAGGGGUGUCACAGACCCCAGCCCACCUCCCCCUUCUUUGUUACCUUUACAAGUGGGGCGACUUAUGUAGAUAUUUUAAAUGUGGGUCACAAAUCUCCUAUGGGGGGUGUGCUUUGUGGGGGCUCUUGGAGCCAAGGGAUGUGGUCUGAGUCGUGUUGGCUGGGGCUCACACCUCCACCCCUUGCCCACAGCCCAGAUUGAAGUCAGGAGCCCAAGUUUUCUGUUCCCUUUUCAAGACUCAAUGGCAAUAGACUUCUGCAGGGAGAGGGCUAGGGGCCUGAGGGUGAGGGUGAUGUGCCAGGGAGUGUCCACAGCCUGUCUCUUCCACUGGCCUACUUCUGGGCUGGGGCUCCAUCUUUCAGACCCAAAGGCCCCCCUUGGCAGGGCCUGGAGGCUUGUGAGGAAUGCAGCUGGUCCCAGUCUGUGAGCAGGAGCAGGGAAGGCAUCCUGGGCCCACGACCUGUCGGAGGUGACCUGGCCUCAGUCAUCCCUGAAUCAGAAGGGCUGAGAGAUGAGGGAGACCAAAGGUCCAACCUCCCUCUACCCUGCUCCCUGGUGGGCUGCUGUCUUGGGACAGCAGCUCUGGUGAGAAGGCCUGGGCAGGCCGAGGCUGAGAAGCUAGGGAGCAUGGAGGAGAGAGGGCCUGGACCACCUGGGGAAGCCCUGGGAUUCUGGGACUGGGGCAGGAGCCCCAGCAACGGGCGCAGCCUGGGCUGGAGCCCAUGGUGGGGGCAGGGGGCCGGCACAGCAUGGCCGGCCGGAGCAGGCUUGGAGUAACCACAUGGGUCCAGCCUGGCCUGACUCCUCACCUUCUGAGGGUUGGAUUCUAACCUGGGGCCUAGGGCUUUGCCUCCUGGCCCCAGCCUUUUCUCUGUGUCCUUAGCAUUUGAGAGAAGAGGCCGAGGCCUCGUUCACGGAGCCCUGGACCAGAGACAAAUGUCCAGGCUUUAUCUUCACGAUAUUUAACACAGUCCGACCAGCCCAGAUCCACUCCAGCCAGCCUGUGCCCGCAGGGCAAACCACGCACGAGAGAGGGAGGUAAAGGAUGAGCUGGAGCUCUCCUAGGUGCCGUGUGAUGUGUGCAGGGCCUUCCCAGAUAGGCCCCCCCGCCACCCUGGGGUGCUCCUGGGUAGGGUGUCCUGCAGGGCCCCGGUGUUUCUGGGGAAGUGGGGCCAAUUCCAAAGGAAGAGGGAGCUUGUGUGCUUGACUGCCACUCUGGGGCCUCAGCUACCAGGGAGCAGGAGAUGGGUGGGGCCUUUUGCCCGCUAUGACGUCUAGAGCCUGGGCUCUGUCUCCUCAGGGGGCCAGAGAGGGGACCUCCUUGGAAGGGUCAGUCCUCUUGAUCACCGGAGGCAGAUGGGUGGUCACCGGGGCUGGGCCAGGCAGGUCAGUGGGCAGUGGCUUCCGGUGCUCAGGCUGGACCCCCCAGGGGUCGUCAGCAAAGCCACCUGUCUGGCCUUCGAGGCUGAGGCCCUGGGCACGGGGAGCAGACCCACCUCUGCCUCCACCUUGGCGCUCCUGAAUUUCUCCUGACAGCCACCACCCCGGACUUGCUUCCCCAGGCCUCCUGCCUGUAAAUAGUAGCCCACAAACUGUGUACAGAUUUACAGAGAUGCCGAGGCUGGGCCCCAGAGUCACCAUCUAAGGGCUGAUGGCCCCGGGAUCUCCGGGCGCCGACUGGACAGCUCAGUGCCCCGGCCCCAGCGUGGCGAAUGCAUGUAAAUAUUUUUCGUAGGCAGCGUGGCUCCAGAGAGCCCCCUGAAGUCAGUGUCCCUCCUGUGUGUCCUUUCUCCUGUACAGAACCCUCCAAGAACCCUGUCUCGGGUCGAGGGGGAGUUUGUCUUUCCCUCCCCCAGGCCUCCCCUGCCCUUUCUCUCUCCCAUAACCUGUCUAUUAACCGUACCCAUCCUGAGUUCAUGGCCAAAACUUUCAACAAGAAAAAGCGGUGGAAGAAGAGACCAAGGCACCUACUCUGCUGUGGGUGCUUACCUGUCCCAGCUUUGUGAAGGAACUGUUUGGUUUUGGGGUUUUUGUUUUUUAACACUUCCCGUGCUGUGCCCAUUUAUAAGAGGAAAUAAAAUUAAGCUGAAAUGAUG